AUGGCGACUAUAUCAUUUGCAAAAAAUUUGGUUAAUCCAGCUUUGAAAUUGGUCUUACAACAAAGUCAUAAUGCACAUCUAAGAAGUUUACCCUCUUUGACUCCACUAAGUAUUAUACUUAGAAGACAUUAUGCUGAGAAGCAGGUGUUUGAACGAACUAAGCCACAUUGUAAUGUUGGAACUAUUGGUCAUGUUGAUCAUGGAAAAACUACUUUGACUGCUGCUAUUACGAAAGUAUUGUCUGAUCUUAAUUUGGCACAAAAGAAAGGUUACUCUGAUAUUGACAAUGCACCUGAAGAGAAAGCAAGAGGUAUUACAAUUAAUGUGGCUCAUGUUGAAUAUCAAACUGAAAAGAGACAUUAUGGUCACACGGACUGCCCUGGACAUGCAGAUUAUAUUAAGAAUAUGAUUACUGGAACUGCACAAAUGGAUGGUGCAAUCUUAGUAGUUGCAGCAACAGAUGGAGUUAUGCCUCAAACUAGGGAGCAUUUAAUUCUUGCUAAGCAAAUUGGCAUACAGCAUGUUGUAGUGUUUAUUAAUAAAGUUGAUGCUGCUGAUGAAGAAAUGGUAGAGCUUGUGGAGAUGGAAAUCCGUGAGCUCAUGACUGAAAUGGGCUAUGAUGGAGACAAAAUACCUGUUAUUAAAGGCUCAGCCUUAAGUGCAUUGGAGGGAAAGAACCCUGAAAUUGGUGCUGAUGCAAUUACAAAACUUCUCGAGGAAGUUGAUUCAUUUAUCCCUACGCCAAUUCGUGAGUUAGACAAGCCAUUCCUCUUGCCAGUGGAAUCAGUCCACUCUAUUCCUGGACGUGGAACGGUUGUGACUGGAAGAUUGUACAGAGGUACUUUAAAAAAGGGCACUGAAUGUGAAAUUGUUGGUCACGGUAAGAUCAUGAAAACUACAGUCACUGGAGUUGAGAUGUUUCAUAAGACUUUAGAAGAGGCUCAAGCUGGUGAUCAACUUGGGGCUUUGGUCAGAGCGAUUAAAAGAGAACAGAUUAGGCGUGGUAUGGUAAUGGCCAAGCCUGGUACUGUCAAGGCUCAUGAUAGUUUGGAAGCAGCAGUUUAUAUCUUGAGCAAAGAGGAGGGAGGUCGUUCAAAACCAUUCACAUCCUUCAUUCAAUUGCAAAUGUUCUCUAUGACUUGGGAUUGUGCAACUCAAGUUACUAUACCAGAAAAGGAAAUGGUGAUGCCCGGUGAAGAUGCAACUUUACAAUUAAGGCUUUUGAAACCUAUGGUAUGUGAACCUGGGCAAAGGUUCACUCUUCGACUUGGGGAUAUGACCUUGGGAACUGGUGUGAUAACUAAGAUCAAUAAAAACCUUUCUGAAGAUGACAGGUUGAAGCUUCUUGAAGGAAAGAAAGCAAGGGAAAAGGCUAUUGCCAAGAAG